AGUGCGCUGACACCAACAGAUGCCUAGAGAGAGAAAUAGACAGAGACAGACAGAGAGAGAGACACACACACAGAGACAGAAAAAGAGAGAGAGAGAGAGAGACAGAUGAAAUGAGAUGAGAGGAGAUGAGAGGAGAUGAGAGGAGAAGAGACCACCAAAAGUGAUCAGUAGCAUGCUUGAACUCACCGUCAUAUCCUCUACUAUUGCUGACCGUCCUUCGAUGACACCACGUCAGGUCUGGGGCAGACGACAGUGCUGACGUCAUCAUGAAAGCCGUGCGCGGCCUGUUCCGCCAGGUGGCCAUCACGUGCCUGUGCCUGGGAGAUUUCGCGCGCUUACUGUGUCUCCAGGCCGGAAAGUGCAAGGCCAAGAUCGUGGGCCUGUUCGCGCUCGUCUGUGUGAUCUUUGCCUGGAAGAAGCUCUUUGAGGGGCCCGCACAGAUGGGCGUGUAUUUCCCCCACGCUGUGGUCAUGAGAAGCUCACCCGCUUCAUCAGCCCCACGGUCCAGCAUUUUCUCCAUGACGGCAGGGGGCACCAUGUAUCUCUACUCCGCCAUCGCCAACGACCGCUACCCUCUGGACGGAGAGACCAACGUCAUCAUCACGGGGCUGAGCCGAGACGGCCUCCCGAGCCACUGCUGCGUUGUUCUGGACAACACCACCAUCUACACGUCACUUCCGGAGGAGUUCGAAACUAACCGACGCGCCAGAUUCUCCGAACUUCCGGUUGUCCGUGACAUCGCGUGGUACUUCCUGGAGGAGCCCUCCCGCGCCGUGCAGGUCACGUGCGCAGUUCCCAACACGGGACACCGCGCGACACACGCCACGCUGUCCUUUAGCGCGUGCUCACAAGACACGUCCGGCUACCUGCCCGUACAAAGGCCCUCCGCGCCUGAAGGAAGCAUGGCGGUCUGCGCUAAAAUCGCCCACGGCAACGGCCUUGACCCGGAAAAGGUCAUAGAGUGGUUUGAGCUGCAGAUGCUGCUGGGUGUGAGCAAAGUUCUCAUGUACGAUCUCGGGGUUACAGACCCGGUGAAGCGUGUUCUCAACUAUUACCAACGGCUGGGAUUCUUGGACUUACAGCCCUACGAGCUGGUCGGCCCUCCACGGAAUCGAAGUCUGUCGGAAAAGUUUAAGAGGAUGCCCCAAUUUAGCCAUGACGAGACGCUGAGCGUGUACGACUGUCGUCAGAGACUGAUGGACUACACGUUUGUCCUCGGCCAUGACCUUGACGAGCUGGUCAUUCCCAGACAGGAUGUGACCUUGCCAGAGUUUUUCAAG